AUGUCGCCAGCCAUAGACGAUACCGACCGCAACACAUUAGCCCUCCUGGGUAAGAAACAAGUCCUCAAGCGACGUUUCGGGUUUUGGUCCCUCUUUGGCUUUGCCGUCUGCGAAUUGAUCACCUGGGAGACAGUAUUGGCGCUCUUUAGCCAGGGCUUCGACAAUGGCGGUCCAGCAGGCUUGGUGUAUGGCUUCAUCAUAGCUUGGUCGUCGACUCUGUCGGUGUACACCGUUAUCUCAGAACUUGCGUCCAUGGCCCCGAUUGCAGGAGGCCAAUACUAUUGGGUCUACAUGCUGGCCCCACCACGAUGGAAGGUGUUUUCCAGCUACAUCAUUGGAUGGUUGACGUCGCUCGCAUGGAUUGCCACGGUUGCGACCGAGACUAUCUUCGCCGGCACAAUCAUCCAGGGCCUGAUCAUUCUCGACUACCCCGACUACGACCCGAAACAAUGGCAUGGCACCCUGCUUGCGUGGCUGGUCAUCGCUGUUGCCAUCUUCAUCAACGUCGUUAUACCAGGCGCGCUUCCCAAAUUUGAGAUCUUCAUCAUCGUCUUCCACAUCGCGGGCUUCAUCGCCAUCAUGGCAGUUCUCUGGGUGUACGCCCCUCACAACUCGGCCCAUUUCGUCUUCGCCACAAGCUUAAACGAAGGCGGGUGGCCGACACAAGGACUAUCGUAUUGUGUGGGUUUCCUCGGCAACGUCGCGACCUUUGUGGGCGCGGAUGCCUCCGUUCACAUGGCUGAAGAAGUCGCCAGUGCAGCUUUAAAUAUACCUCGCGCCAUCUGUGCCAGCAUGAUCAUUAACGGGUUGGUGGGAUUCGCCAUGAUGUUAACCAUUCUGUUUUGCCUAGGUGACGUGGAUGCUGUCCUGGAAACGGCCACUGGAUACCCGUUCAUUCAAAUCUUCUACAACAGCGUGCAGUCCGUCUCCGGCGCGACAGUCAUGGGAGCCAUAGUCCUGGCCUUAACCUGGGCCUGUGCGACCGGCAUCACCACCACCGCGAGCAGGAUGACAUGGUCAUUCGCGCGUGACAAAGGCACACCGUUCAGCAAAGUCAUCAGCCAUGUCUCACGCCGGCGUCGGAUCCCGGUCGUUGGCGUCGCCGUUGUAACCACGUUUGCCGCCCUUUUGACGCUCAUCUAUAUUGGCAGCUAUACGGCCUUCAACGACGUCAUAUCCUUGACUAUCACCGGUUUUUACUGCUCGUACUUCCUUCCAGCCGCGUUUUUGCUGUAUCAUCGGAUCAAAGGCCACAUGAUGCCACAUGAGCAGGAUACACCAGGGGUCCCCAUCGCUGAGGAAAAUGGGAACAGUAGUUCCGAGCAAGCCAAGAAGCUGGAUUCGCCGUCCAAUGGCGAUUCAAACCCGCCUGCUCCCGACAAUGGCAUCUUCAACGACAAACCUGAACCAAUACCGCCGUCGGACCGCCGUGCCUCCGUCGCCCAAGCCUCACUGAUAUGGGGACCUUUCCACAUCCCCGGUGUCCUCGGCACGAUCAACAACGCGUACGCCUGCGUGUAUAUGAUCUUUGUGAUAUUCUGGAGUGUCUGGCCUCCCGUGACGCCUGUGGAUGCCGAGACGAUGAAUUACUCUGUCGUUGUGACAAGCGGAGUGAUCAUCUUCAGCAUCGUCUGGUAUUACAUACGGGGUCGGAAGGAGUAUGACGGACCGUUGAUUGAUGAUGAAGUCGCCGCUGUAAUGAGGCUGGGUAGUGUAGUCAAUGUCUAA